UGCCAUGGUAACGUUGUUGUUCGGCGGCUCUGGGUUCUGGCGAGGUGAUGGUGCCAUGGAGUACACGGGCAGCAGCUACGUCGGGGACUACCGCAAUGGCAGGAUGGAAGGAUAUGGGGAGUAUACCCUCCCAACUGAAACUAGAUAUGAGGGAGAAAUGAAAGAUGGCAUGUUUCACGGUCAUGGAACCUUAUAUUUUCCCAAUGGAAGCAAAUAUGUUGCCACCUGGGACUCUGGAGCUGUAAUAAAGGGUAGCUAUAUAUUUGCAGACGGCUUAGUAUACGAGGAAUACUGGAACUACUGUGAUGGUUAUGACAGACGUUUUUAUACUGAAAUAUGUAACGGAUUGAAACCAGCAGGUCGAUCCCAGCUCACAAACCGAGAUCCUCCAAGAACAAUUCCAGCUGGUUGUUACGACUGCGGUGAUGGCUUCUACAACCCAAAAACAAGAGUUAUCACUGAUUACAACAGUGAAUUUCUUCGUAAUGCAGAUGAUGAUGAGCACGAGUGGAUCGUUCGCACCUGUCGGAAGGGCUGGGACCAGAUAACAGGAUACCGGCCUGAACUGCACCAGCAACAGCUGCCGAGAUACCCCUCGUGACUGCGCUUGAGUUCCGUGGUAGUUGCGACAGCUAGUCCUCAUUCCUUCAGUGUAGGCUGUGUUUUACAUUACAUAGUGAAUCUCGCUGAAAUGGUCAACUUUCAAUCCUUCUCACAAAACACAACUAAUUCACAAAUUAUGAUUUAUUGUUUUGGGAAGUGUUAGAGAAUUAGUUAGAAUUAUUUCCUAUGUUGGCAUACACCUUAUGACUCAAUUUUUUCAUUUUCACAAUUUUCUGCCCUGAUGAUUGUGCUGAGCAUGUUUUGAUCUGGUACAUGCUGACUAACAGCUGUCCUAUAAGUAAAUAGAGGAGUUUUAUUAUUGGUGUCCCUAUAUUGCCUACUUUAAAUACAUCCUUCAGUAUAAACCUUGUUUCCUCAAGUAAUAAUUGAUACCCAUUUUGGUUAGCUUAGGGUGCCUUGUCACUACAGGAUUACUACUUGAAGGUGAACACUGUCUGAAUGAGUUGUCUUUUAAACCUGUAGUGAUUCAUGAAGUAGAUUUCCAAUUUGGUUUGAAAUGUUGUCAUUGUGUUAGCUUUUGAGGAAUUAGUUGAGGAUUUGUAUCCUGUUUUAUUGGUACAACUAGGAAGUAGAAACACUGUUGAUUCACAAACAAUCUACAGAAGUGUUGGUAAUAUAGAAAUAUAUUUAUUAAUUUGUAAGCUUAAAUGUUAAAUUGGGCUUUUUGUGUUCUACACUCAUUCUGCCAACUAAAUUGUAUUGAUAAAUAUUGAUAAAUGCAAACUAGUUAUUUAAACACCUUUAUAAAAAGUCAAGAAAAAAAUGAAUUUCAGGACUUUUUUCUUGGGACACACUAUUCUUGUGUACCUCAACAAAAGGUUACAAAAAUAACUUGUGCAAGAAAUGCAAUACAGCCUUCUUUAGUCCUGGAUUUUGUAGGACCUUGUAUCUGACUGAAAUCAUUUAUAUUUUAAACAUGCUAUGCUUCAUGGUUGUUACAAAAUUAGAAUGAGAUCUAUAAAUGGGUUUUAUCUAUAGAUUGAUUUUAAGGCAGGAGGUUACGCCUUGCCGGUCUUAUUUUGGAAAUAAAAGUGAAAAACAAGCACUGAAGUGUUCCUAUUGGGCUCGUGACUAUGUGAGA